GAGAAAGGGAAGGAGAAGGCGUUGGUGGCAUAAGCUUCGUGAAGGGGAGGUUGGAGGAGCAGAGCUGUAGAACAGUUGGGAGAGGAGACUGCUACGCUGCAUAGUGACAAGCAAGAAAAGAGGGAGGAAAGAUAGGGGAAAAAGCUCGGGCCGGGUUUAUUCCAUUGCGUGCUUGCUUCACGCAACCUGCUAAGUGUAGAGAGAGAGAGAGAGAGAGAGAGAGAGAGAGAGAGAGAGAGAGAGAGAGGGGGGAGUGGGAGUUGGGGGUAGGCUUGGCUGCUUGGCGUGGCUUUGAAGAGUAAUCAAUAUAGAGAACCCAAAAACAAACAAGCAUCAAACAGUAACUCCAACACGACCCUCUACCGAUAAGACAAACUCCUCCUUCCCCUCACACCAUUUUAACACCACCCCCUCCCCCUCCCUAUCCAUCAAUCUUAUAACUUCCCUUUGUUUUCUUCUGUCCAUCCUCAAUCCUUUCACUACCGAAGCAAUCAAUUCAUCUUGUAUGAUUAGGACACCAACCUGAAAGUAAACAGAAAGCAGGGAAAAGGAGGAGGAGGAGGCAAUCAGGUGAUAUGAGUGGCAAAAGCCCUAGUGUGGGAGUAUUGGGGGGAGGAAGUGGGGGCGCCGGUGGCGGCGGCGGCGGCGGAUCAGGGGGAGGUGGAAGUGCGGGUGGUGGCACCGGACCCUGCGGGGCGUGUAAGUUCCUGAGGAGGAAGUGUGUGACGGGGUGCAUAUUUGCGCCUUACUUCGACUCCGAGCAAGGCGCCGCCCACUUUGCGGCGGUGCACAAGGUGUUCGGCGCCAGCAACGUGUCGAAGCUCCUUCUCCACAUCCCCGCCCACAAGAGGCUCGAUGCCGUCGUUACCAUCUGCUACGAGGCCCAGGCGCGCCUCCGCGACCCCGUCUACGGCUGCGUCGCUCACAUCUUCGCCCUCCAACAACAGGUAGUCAACCUGCAGGCAGAGCUGUCCUACUUACAAGCCCAUCUGGCCACGUUGGAGCUGCCGUCCCCUCCUCCGCCACCCCCUCCGCCGUCGCUCGUGGCAUCGAUGCCCUUCUCGAUAUCCGACCUGCCAUCGGCCGCGAACCUGCCUUCCACCGUGGACCUGUCGGCACUGUUUGACCCUCUGGUCCAGCCACUAUGGCCUCUUCAGCAGCAGCAGCUGCAGCUCAGCACCAGCACGAGGAACCUUUCUGAGAGCUCUGGGUUUGGAGGUGGCGAUCUCCAGGCAUUGGCCAGGGAGCUCCUCGAUAGGCAACGGACGGCCACCAGCGAACCCCCACCAGUCUCCAAGUAACAAAACACACUGUGAUGAGGCAGGCGUUGCCUAUUUCAGGUGAUGUGCUUCUUGACCAUGGAUGGAAGGAUCCAAAUUAACCUGCUCAUAUGACCUAAAGAGUUAUGAUGUUAGUCCUUUUGCUGCUGUUUCAUUACCGAGCAACUUAGUUUUAAUCUCAAUCGUUCGACGAACAACAAGCUGGACGACUAAGACAUUCGCAUCAAAAAGGCUAUUGUGGCAUGGGAAAUGUGAAGAAGCAUUAUCAUGAAUGUUCCAAUAGAUAUCAGUUUCAUUCA